CCUGUUGCCAUUCACACACCAACCAUUUUGUUUAUCUCAUAUUUCAUUAGAAUAGAGCCUUGCUCUACCGCACAACAUGGCGGACGCAGUUUCCAUCGAACAGAACAACAAAAUCCGCGCCGCGCUGGGACUGAAGCCCCUCCCGGUGCCGGGCGCCGUCGCCACCGCCGAAUCCGACGACGAUUCCUCAGACCUGUCAUCAGACGAGGAGGAAGAUCCCGCGAGCACGCUCGAGUCGCGGCAGGCGCAAGCCGGGGCGAACUGGCAGAAGAUCCAAGAUGAGGCGGAUGCGAAGCGCAAACGGGAGGAGCGGAACGCGGCGAUCAAGAAGGCGCGGGACCAGGCACAGCGGGACAGGAAGCUAGCGGGCGCGACGCUGGGUGAGUCCGCGGACGUGGAGAUGGACACCAAGACGUGGCUGCAGCAGUCGAAAAAGCGGCAAAAGAAGAUCGAGAAGGAGCGGGCGGCGAGGCUCGCGGCGGAGCUGGAGGAGCGCGAGCGCAUCGCGGAGUAUUCUGCUGCGGAGCUUUCGGGGAUUCGUGUUGGGCACGAGGUUGGGGAUUUUGAGGGCGGGACGGAUCAUGUGCUUACGCUUAAGGAUACGACGAUUGAUGAGAAUGAGGAGGAGGGAGAUGAAUUGGAGAAUCUUGAUCUGCGGGAGAAAGAGAGGACUACGGAGCAGUUGGAGUUGAAGAAGCGGAAGCCGGCUUACGAUCCGACGGCAGAGAACUCGGGGAUACUGGCGCAGUAUGAUGAGGAGAUUGAUGGAAAGAAGCGGAAACGGUUCACUCUCGAUGCACAGGGUGCGACGACCGAGGAACGGGAGGCGAAGCGGCAGGAGGUGUCGAAUCAGUUGCGGAAGAACGUGAUCAGUCUUGACUUCGAGCCUGAAGUGCCGAGCUCCGAUUAUAUGGAUGUGAGCGAGGUCAAGAUCAAGAAGCCCAAGAAGAAGAAGGCGAAGGCUACGAAGAAGAGAGCCGCUCUUGACGACGAGGAUAUUUCCCCGACGCCUCAAUCGACAGAGACUCUUAACGGCACGUCGUCCAUGGACGUUGACACGCCCAGUGGAGAAUCGGCGCCCGCCCCCGCGCCUCGCAAGUGGGCCAGCGAAAACACGUCCUUCGUCGACGAUGACGACCUGCAGGCUUCGUUAGCCCGCCAAAGACGAGCCGCGUUUAAGAAGCGCCAGAAGCUGCGACCCGAAGAUCUCGCCCGACAGCUUCGAGAGGAAAGCGAACAUACGCCCAUGGAAGCGGACACACCGGGUGAGAACGAGGAGGAGCCCGGUCUCGUGAUCGACGAGACGUCGGAGUUUGUCUCCAACCUACAAAAGCCCACCCUUCCCGAGCGCCGUGAACGCCGCCAAUCCACUCCCGCCGAAGAGCCCCAUGCCAAGUCCGAACAGCCCACCGUCAAGGAAGAAGCCGAGGAGGACGGUGACGUGGUCAUGGAGCGGACCUACAACGAUAUCGAGGAUGAAGAAGACCUCAAAGAACGCAUCAAGCGGGACGAGGCGCAGGAGAAGCCGCAUAUCAGCGGCACAGGAUUGGAGGAAGAGUCUACAUUGGACCAGGGUCUCGGUGCCGCAUUAUCUAUGCUCAAGCAGCGUGGUCUGGUGAAAUCUUCCGACGGGACCGAAAACAACGCGCUGACACGGGAUCGCCAACGCUUCCUGCACGAAAAGAUGCGUCUCGAGACGGAGGCCGACCAGCGUGCGCGACAGCAGCGUGAGCGGGAUCGCGCGUCGGGGAAGCUCGACCGGAUGUCUGCACGGGAACGCGAGGAGUAUGCGCGCUGGGAGAACAAGCACCGCGACCAGCAGGAAGCGCGUCACAUGGCGGAGGUGUUCAGCAAGGAGUACAAGCCGGACGUGCAGCUGAAGUACACGGACGAGUACGGGCGGUCGAUGAACCAGAAGGAGGCGUUCAAGCAUCUCAGCCACCAGUUCCACGGCAAGGGCAGCGGCAAGAUGAAGACGGAGAAGCGCCUGAAGAAGAUCGACGAGGAGAAGAAGCGCGAGGCCAUGACCGCGCUGGACAGCAGUCAGCACACGGGGAUGAACAAUGCCAUGGGGGCGACGGCGCGGAAGAACCGCCAGGCGGGAGUGCGACUGGGCUAAGGAUAUGGGGGGAGGCUAUCCCCAUUGUGUCUAUGGGGGAGGCCAC